CGCCAGCUAGCUCACUUGCCACCAACUGCAAUGUUUGGUCUUGGAGAGAUGCUUUGCAAGAUGACUACUUACAGACUGUCAGUGCGAGCAACUGAACAAACAACUGUGUUGCAGAUACAAUCACAGAAGCUUCGCUCUGUUAUAGAAAAGUACCAUCCGAAGACUCUGAAGAUUAUUUCUGACAUCAUCCAACAACAGGAACGAUUUCGAGACACACAUCUGUACGAGAGUGUUACCUACGACGACAGCGGUCGCUCACUCUACGUUCCAAGAUUUCGCGGCAGCCAACUCAUAGCGAACGAAUUGCAAGCGUCCUGUGCACAGUCACUCAGUAAUACCAUCAAUUCAAAACGCGGAGAAGGGAAUAGACGCAUUGCAGACUCUCACUCAACGGUGGCCCACAUAGUGCCCCAUGCUUCAUAUGUUGAAAGAACUCGUCGGCUGUUUCGCGUCAGAAAUGUCGCACUAAGUCUGCCUGCUUCAGCCCCAUCCAGUCCCAAUGAGAGAAAAAGGGUUUUGCGUCAAUCAGAAUCGUCACCAGUGUUACGAAGAGUGAACUUUCUACCUCUUGAGGUUAGAAGAUCUCUGCCCGAUAUAUUUGGAGCUGUUGCAUUAAAGAAAGGCGAUUCGUACUCGUAUGGCGACGACUUUCACAGUUUUUCACGGAAACAGUCUUCAUCACGUGCCGUCGCACUGCCUGACAUAGAGAGUCUGCGUAUAUGUGAAAAGGGCAACUUCUUAUUGGACAACCAGAAGUGACUUGAGAGAAGAUGGUCGGAAGGUGUGCAAAGCAAGGUAUCUGCAUGUAUACGUAUACAUUAGGAUGCUGCUAUAGACCAGAUAGAGUUAGAGCUUCGAGUGUCAUGUGAGUCCGGCUCUCUACAGUAUCUAAGGAAUGCAAUCGAACUGUGAUCUUAUGCACUUGGACAGAAAUUUUGCUUCUACAGUCGCCGUAGAUAUAAGCUAGCAGAGAUCACUUUGCAAUCAAUCGACAGUGAGUGAGUGUACCUAAUAUAUGGAA